ACAACCUUCCGUAUUGUCCGCGACCCGUCAAAUUCAAUCCUCUUUCCCGUCCACAGGGGCAUUUCCGCAAUUACAAGUCAGAACCAACGGCCAGUUUGUAUCGUACACCGACCGCCAAAAAAACCCUAGAUACUCACAAUUUUGACUCUCCCUCUCACUCCCCUUCUCUUGUCAGAGUCUGAGGAUGAAUGAAGGAUUCAAGGCACGCUGAUCGUCGCUCCCAAUUCUGCUUCUUCGCCAUUUCAUUGGUUCCGAAGCUUUAUAGGUUUUCCAAUUUCCAAUUUUUGUUCCUCAGAAAUACCCCUUUUGCUUAUCUCUCGAUUACUUGAUCGCCAUGUCCAAAAGGGUUCUCUGCAAGUUUUUUGCACAUGGCGCCUGUUUGAAAGGGGAGCAUUGUGAGUUUUCACAUGAUUGGAAGGCUUCACCAAAUAAUAUAUGUACCUUUUAUCAGAAAGGAGCUUGUGCAUUUGGUAAUAGAUGCAGAUAUGAACAUGUCAAAGCUUCUCGGGCUCAGUCUUUCGGUUCAUCUUCAUCAACAAAUUCUCAGCCAUCCCUGGCUAUUGAUUCUGCAUCUUUGGCUCUUCCUGCAAGAACCUUAACAAGUGGAGUUUCUCUUGCGCCACUCUCUCUUUCAGAACUCUCUGCUUCAAGUAGUCCUUUCUUACCUCCCUCUAAACCUGCCUGGAAUUGUUCUCUGGAUGGUGAUUAUGAUGAUGAUGAAAGUAGUGUUGGGGAGACUAGGAAUACUAGACCAGAAGAUCGUGCUAUUUGUUCAUUUGCUGCAGCUGGUAAUUGCCCUCGUGGAGAAAAAUGUCCUCAUAUUCAUGGAGAUAUAUGCCCCAGCUGUGGAAAACAUUGCUUGCAUCCUUACAGACCUUUGGAAGGGGAGGAGCAUAUGAAGAUAUGUGAGGAAAAGCAGAAGCAACUUGAGGCUUUGAAAUGCAGUCAAGAAAUAGAAUGCAGUGUUUGCCUAGAACGUGUUUUGUCAAAGCCCACAGUUGCUGAGCGGAAGUUUGGGAUACUCUCAGAAUGUGAUCAUCCUUUUUGCAUAUCUUGUAUUAGAAAUUGGCGCAGUAGUUCCCCAACAUCUGGUAUGGAUGUCAAUAGCGCAUUGAGAGCUUGUCCAAUAUGUCGGAAGCUGUCAUACUUUGUCAUUCCAAGUGUCAUUUGGUAUAAGUCAAAAGAAGAGAAGCAGGAAAUUGUUGACAGCUACAAAGCAAGGCUCAGGUCAAUUGAUUGCAAGCACUUUGAUUUUGGAAAUGGGAACUGCCCAUUUGGAACUAGUUGUUUUUAUAAGCAUACGGUCAAGCCAGGCUCAUAUGUAUGGAAAUUUCACAGGCCACCUCCAAGAAGGCCUCCUCCGAGAAGGCCUCCUCCACGGCGAUAUGAUAUUGCGCCUAUGGAUGUCAUAUUUCAUAUGUUCGAGCACUUAGAAGAAUUGGAUGAUUAUAUAUUUGAAGAUUUAGAAAAUGAAGAUUUAAACUCAUGGGAGAGGGAGUCAUUAAUGCAGAUGGGUUUGUAUACAAGUGACUCGAGUGAAGCCGAGAUAGAUUUAUGGCCUUGAGAUACUAGAUUUAGCUAUUUAUAUCAUAUGAAAUUUCCUACUUGGUUUUGGAGUUGCUGUGUUAUGAUUGCAGAUUGUAUUUAACAACUCCUAUUUAUGAACGAUGUACAGAUUUACCCCCUAUAGUGUUCAUUGGAACAGUGUGAUAUUUAUGCUAACGAUACAAAAGUUAACUUUAAAUUUAAAGGCUAGUUUACUGAAAAAAAAAAGGAAAAGGUAAAAUGAAACUGUUCUAUGGUUUUGAUUUCCAUUCAUGCUAUAAUCUUUUAGUUGUAAACUUAUCUGACCAGUCACCAUGUUGCCCCAUUUUGGAGUGUGUUGCCUAUAAAAUUAGGUGCACAUGGCAAUUACUACGGGCAAACAAAGUCUACUUUGUCAUGCAUUUUGUCUUCCUCAUCUAAUUUUAUCUGCAAUGCGGCUUUUAUUUUAGGUCUGUCUACUGUCAUGUACACUUCCAUCUCAAAGUAUGUUUGAAUCCGCUUUUUACUUUCUCUGCCGGUAGUUUUUUGUGGUGUUUACUGUUAUGCUCUGUGUGCUGUUUACGUGCACUAUUGUUUACUGUGCUGGUCCAGAUCCUCUUUUUCUUUUUUUUUUCUUUCUUCUUUUUUUUCUUUCCAGUAAUUGGGUGAUGAAA